AAUAAAAUUAAAAUUUUAAGCAAAUUAUGAUUAGUUCAAAAGUCACAUAGCACUUGUCUUUAAUAAUUGCAGCAUAUUAUCCUAAAUCAGAAAUUGAAAAUUAAGAUUUAAUUGAACCAGAAUAAUUUUAAAAAGAAUGGCAUCAUCAUCACCGAAAUUAAAUUCAGACGAUCGUCAAAGUUUUAUCACACCUGAUUCCCCGACUACCAUGGAAGCAGAAACGUCAUUGAAUGGUGAUCGUUGUGGAUAUUGUAGCAUGCCAAAAAGGCCUGAGAAAAUCUCUUCCGCCACAGAUUUAUCCCAAUUGUGUAAGUGUCCAAGCGCAUCAGAUUCUACUGAUCCUAACAUUCGAUUGGGUACUGUUCCAUCGAGUGCUUUUAGAAGAUCUCCAUCUCCUCGCCCUUCUAUUGUUCCACCUUAUGAUCGCUCUGGAUUAGCCGCUGAUGGUGGUGGUAAAUUGGAAAUUGUUAGCAUCAGAGAAAAGCAUGGCGAAUUCCGUAAAGCUAUUCCUCAUAUGCCGAUACCUGUUGCUGUGGUGCUAUGCUUGUUGAAUGUUGUGUUACCAGGAGUGGGAACUUUAAUAAGCGCAUUUACAGUAUUUUGUGGUUGUACUACAGAACAUCCAGGCAGGCAGACACCUUUGAUGUAUAACCUUUUAGCUGCUUUACUACAACUAUUGCUAACACCGAUUAUUGUUGGUUGGAUAUGGAGCAUUUACUGGGGAAUCACAUUUGUCAACAUAAGUGUUUCCAAAGCUGUAGAAGAGCCGAGUUCAGGAUCAAUGCUGUAGUUAAAAGUUACAACUUUCUUUUCAUUCAAGUAUUAUGAUGAAAAUCACGCGGCUGAACUUGUCUCACUGUUCAUUUGCACUUCUUCUCGCUCGAGCACUUGAGGAAAUGAAAUGUCUAACCCGUCACUUUGUGAAACCUCUUAACUUCUUUGCUCCAACAAUAAGCACCAUGUGUUCAAAAUGCAUGCAUGCUCUUGCUGAAAAAGCAUUCUGUGAAUCUCUUUCAAAGAUCCAUCUCCUGGAUUACGUAUGACAAAUGUCGAAGAUGAGACUUUAAUAUAUAUAAUUUUUAUGCUAUUCAUGUAACCCAUCAUACCUUAUUAUGUUCUUUUAACAUUGCAUGAGACAGGUUAAUGACCAAAUAUGUGAUUAGAUCCACAUUUUCUACACUGAAUACUUAAAUUGAAGAGCUUAGUGAAAGGAAGUUUUAAGUGAUUUUAUUGAAAAACAAUUCGAAGUAUCAUCAG